AUGGAGGUAGUAGACUGGAUACAUGCAUUAGUAUGAAUUCAUGAUCAAUCCUUCAGCUAACGAAAAGAGCUAAAAAAAGAAGAUUUUCUCACAUUUCUUUGGUUGGUGUGCACUACAGCGCCUCUCUAAGUACUCAGAACACUAUAAUAAGUGCUAUAUUGGGCUUCAAUUGAUAUUUUGAUAAAUUUGACCUCAUUUUAGAGGUCAUACAGACACUCUCACCCACGUCAAGCCCUGACCCCACGGCUAGCUAAAAGGUACAUGUGUUUUUGACCUUUGCCUACGUACGAUUAUUACGUGGCCAGGGAAUUUCUCAUUCAUGUUGAGGCAUCUGUGCUUGUGCAUCCCGAAGGCAGGCAGAAAAAGUUCCACAGUUGUUGCCAUGGCAGCCAAACCGAUUGUCAUAUUUGUUCUCGGUGCACCAGGUUCGGGCAAGGGAACACAAAGUGCGAACAUCGUCAAGGAGUUUGGUUUUGUCCAUCUCUCGGCUGGGGACCUUCUGCGAGCCGAACGGAAUACUGGGUCGGAUAUCAGCACCGUUAUUGAGCAGUACAUCAAAGAUGGCAAGAUUGUUCCUGUGGAGAUCACCGUAGGACUUCUAGAAAAGGCCAUGAACGCCAGCAGUGUGCAAAAAUUCCUCAUCGAUGGAUUCCCUCGCAAUGAGGACAACCUCUCAGGAUGGCAGAAGACCAUGGACGACAAAACGGACGUGCGAUUUGUUCUCUUCUUUGAAUGCAGUAAAGAUGUGUGUGUUGAGAGAUGUCUAGAAAGGGGAAAAACCAGUGGCAGAGAUGACGACAACAUAGCCAGUUUAGAAAAAAGGUUUGUGACCUAUGUUGACCACACCAAGCCAAUCAUUGAUCAGUAUGACGAGAAAGGCAUGGUUAGGACGAUCAAUGCGGAUGUUGGCAUCGAUCAGGUUUUUGAAGACGUCAAGAAAGUUUUCAAAGCUGAAGGAUUUUGAAGAUGCUCUUGGCCGAUCAUGCCCCAGAAUCUUUUAUUUUUAUACAUUCUACCAGUUCUCUCCAAUCGAUACUGCGUGAACUAUUUAAGUCUGCAUCUUAUAGACAUAAAGUGUAUUUGUAGUGUGUGCAUGAUUUACUAAUGAAUUUGGUACGAAGAACUUUCCCCGCAAAAAAAAACAAAGAAGCUUUCCGAAGUUUGAUGAUUCCAUAUUAGGUUGUGGGUAUUGUUAUUGAUGAAGUUCUUGGCCUGCUAAAUAACAGCUUAACAAAUGGUAGGCUUAACACCAUCUUGUGGAAAAAGAGAGGGCACCCCCCAAAUAAAAUUCCCUCUUCCCCUCCAAAAAUGUCUGUAUCUCUUCGGGAGUGAAAUGAAAAUCAAGUCAAAUUUCAGAUAUUCUGGAGUGUGCGCUAGACUUUUUUCUUUCUAGAUAAGCCGUGACUACUCAGGUUUUGUCUUUCAGAAAUGCGAGGACCAAAAUUUCAGGUGCAACAAUUUCUGGAUCUUGGGGUUCGCAGCGCAAAUUUCUUUGAUUUCCGGACACUUCAUUCAGUCCCGUAGCAAAGUUUUCACAAACUUUCUCACUAGUUGUAAAAAAACAUGACGAAAUUUGAGUGCCAUGUACUUAUGUCAGUCUUUGCACUGCAAAACAAAUAAUGGUACGACUGAUGCAGUUGUUUUGUGUUGAGUUAAAGCCGGUUCGUACUAUAGGCGCAAGGAAUUUGACAUCACAGAAGAUUUACAGCGAGAUUUUGCUCGAGUUGAAGUGUGUCCAACUUUUGCAAAUUUGCAGGGCUUCUAUUUGAUCUGACGUCUCAAAUUGUUGCAUUUUUAUUUGCUUUCGCAUGAAGGAUGAACUGGAAAGUAUACAUCGGGUAGUGGAUGACAGAAAUUGACACUGAGAAACUUGUUUGUAAAAUCGUUUAGAAAUUGACAAUGGUGUAUGCAUUAUCUUCCUGACAACCAGCCUAUUAAACUUCGGACAUCACCACCGUUUACGGCUUGUGUCCAGAAUUUGAAUUGAUGAAUUUAGUAAAUGGUUUCUUAGGUACUGUGUUUAUUGUAUGUCUACAGUCAAGUAUGCUGUCAGUGGGUGCAAUCAGGAGACCAUUUUGUUCAUUUUUGAGAACAUUUUAGUAGUUUUGUAUAAAUGAAACUCUCAACAUGGUCCACUUUACAUUAGGCAUGUAUACCUUUCAUGUAUAUGUAGCUUACGUACGGGAGUUUUCAAACUAUUUUUUGAUUACUUUUUAUCACGUUUAUAUCGUAGUGAACUCGUAGCAGGUUUUUCAUCGGUUUUUAAGGGAUGGAAUUUGUAGUAUUUUUGUUCAGAUGUGAUGAAGUUCAGAGGCUCUCUAAUCAAGUGCCUGUUUACAUGUCAUUUGCAUGCAGGUAGGUUGUAUAUGUAUAUUGUAAAAAUGACACCAGGAUCAUUUCUCUACCA